AUUAAUUGUAAACAACAUAAAACAAACAUCGUCAUUGUCAGCUGAAAAACGGAUUCGCUGAAGUUUCGUCACACUUAUUUACCAUCUUCUGCUCGCCUACUACAUUUAGUGCAACAUGUUUCAGUUCAACGGGUUCAACAUGAUGUUUCCGGACCAUUCGCGCCCGUUCAAUACGACGUACAAAUGCUACUCAGUCUCGAUGCUGCCAGGCAACGAAAGGCAGGAUGUAGAGAAUGGUGGCAAGAUUAUUAUGCCACCGUCGGCCCUGGACCAGCUGACGCGGUUGAAUGUGGUGUAUCCGAUGCUGUUUAAGAUCACGAACGGCUCGAUCAAUCGCAGUACACACGCAGGUGUGCUGGAGUUUGUGGCGGAUGAAGGCAAAAUCUACAUGCCCUACUGGAUGAUGCACAAUCUGGCGCUGGAACAGGGCGACAUUGUGGAGAUCGAGAGCGUCUCCAUACCGGUGGCAACGUAUUCCAAGUUCCAGCCGCAAAGUGUAGAAUUCUUGGACAUUACCAACCCAAAAGCGGUGCUCGAGAAUUGUCUGCGAAAUUUUGCCUGUCUAACGACGGGCGAUCUUAUUGCGAUAAAUUAUAACAAUACCACGUACGAACUAUCCGUGCUGGAGACAAAACCUGGCCCGGCCGUAACAAUCAUCGAAUGUGAUAUGAAUGUCGAGUUUGCACCGCCGAUCGGUUACACAGAACCGGAACGAAGGGAGAAAGAGGAAGAACCCAUGACGAUCGACCCGACUGAGUUGAUGCCCGAACCGAUUGGAUUCGUUGCGUUCAAAGGCGAGGGCACUAGGUUGGACGGCAAGAAGAAGAAGGACAACGGAACGAAUGAUGUUGCUCCGGUGCAGAGACAAGCUUAUGUACGAGGCAUCCCUGAUUAUGAUCACCCGUACGGAUUGCUAAGGUUCGACCGCAGUGUGCGAAAGUUGGAUCAAAACGAGUCGAAAUCGGAAGAUAGCAAAUUCCAAGAGUUCCAAGGUGAAGGCUGCAGUUUGAAGAAAAAUCGGAAAUAGACGUGAACGAUCUCCAGUACAUCAAUGAACGGCUGAUCCCUCGUGUGUUGUACGUUUUUUCGUGUGUUGCAAACUUUAUAUUUCCGUCUCUUCAUAACUGAUCUUAUAAAUUCCUGUGGUAGAUAAAAUCAUGAACUCAAUGAAAUACGCGUUUACCUCCUUUAGA